GCUCAGUCGCGCGUGAUCCACCUCGAAUCGCGCAUUCAUCCACCACGAAGAAACCACUUACGCGAAACCGACUUCGUCGCUUCGUUUGCAGCGAAUCGCCCCUCCUCCGAUGGGGCGUCCACCCAGGUAUCGAUCCGUGCCCCGAGUACCGAUCGAUCGUCGUCGAUCAUCAUUCUGAAUUCUCCUCUUCUCGCCCAUAAUCAAUAAUAACUCCCAUCUCCCUCUCGAUCUCUCUUCUCAACGUUACCCAAUAAUCUUACGAAUAACAACUAAACAUCGUACAAUCAUCGACAAGUUAAAAAGUCGUGACAAGUGUCGCAUUUCCGCAAUUCGGAUCGAAUCAAUUUCGGAUCGAUUUAAAUUAAUUUGGAUCGAGAGUGGAUCGAAGGUGUUCCUCGAUCGCAUCGAGUUCAAAGAGUUCGAGCAACUUGUGUGUCGAUCGUGAGAUUCAGUGAAGGGAUUACGAUUAUUAUUGUUGUAAUUAUUUCCUCCCCGAAGUGAAGCUUGAGUUGUGAAAGUCGUAGGGGAGAGAUCGAGAUCGUAGAUCGAGCAUGGCGACCACUCAGGUAUUCCAGGAUUGGGACUCGCCCCACGAGACCAUCAGCUCCAUGACAAGGACGAGCACUCGUAAAACUACGACUAAGACCACGACCAGGCGAGAGACAUCUUCAUCAACCAAGACAACCACAAUGACAACUGCAGCAAAGUUAUAUGGCAAGGAUUUGAGUGAAUAUGAUGAUGUAGAUGUGGAUGAUUUAUUGGCACAACUUACCCCAGAAGAAAUUAAUAUACUAGCUAAGGAAGUGGAUCCAGAUGAUAGCUUUAUGCCACCAUCACAGCGUUGUAGCUAUGAAUGUGACAAGAGUCCUACAGGACCAUUAAAUCGUAAGAAACUCAUUGAACAUAUCAACAAACAAGCUUUAGAAACACCAGACAGACCUGAAUUAAAACCUUAUGUACCUGGUGUAAUAAGAGGCAAAAAGUGGGUUCCACCUCCUCAAGAAACAACAAAAGAAAAAGAUGCAGAAGAGCAAAUUGCUAUUGAUCUUGGAGAAGAAUAUGAACAAGCAUUAUCUAAUGCUACUCAAGAAGAAAUUAUUGAUCUUGCUGCUAUUCUUGGAUUUCAUUCUAUGAUGAAUCAAGAUCAAUAUCAUGCUUCUCUAUUAAAUUCUGGCCAACCUGUUGGUUUGGGUUGGGAUGGUAUAACAAAAGCUAGUCAACCAAAACCUUAUCCAAUGGAACCUCCCAAUGAUACAGAUGUUGAUGCUACUAUUAAGCAAGUUAGAGAAGAUGAUGUUUCAUUAAUUGAUUUAAAUUGGAAUAAUAUUAAAAAUAUAUCUGAUGAAAAGUUUAUUCAAUUAUUCGAAGGAUUAGAGAUAAAUACACAUCUCGAAUCCCUAAGUUUAACGAAUGUGGGACUCACUGACAAGACUGCACAAAGGUUGGCAGAUGCCUUAGAAAAAAAUUCGACGCUCAGAGUACUCAACGUGGAAACAAACUUUAUAAGCCCAUCUGUGAUAGUAAGGCUCAUCAGGGCAUUGCUUAAAACGAAAUCAAUAGAAGAAUUUCGAUGUUCGAAUCAGAGGUCGCAGGUAUUGGGAAAUAAAAUUGAAAUGGAAAUUACACAAUUGGUGGAACAAAAUCCAACAUUGCUCCGACUUGGUCUUCACUUGGAAUUCAACGAUGCUAGACAUCGCGUAGCUGCACAUUUACAACGCAAUAUUGAUAGGAAUAUAUGCCGCACGACAUGCCUUCACAGGGAGUCGAGAUUAACUUCGAGAUCGUUCGCGUUUACUUGUAAAAAUACCCCGAUCUUGAGAGUGUAUUUUAGGUAAUUCCACCGUGAUGAAAGAUUUCGAGUAUAUUUUAUUUUAUGUCGGUUAAAAGGUAAUUAAUUCUUUCAGCACAUAAUAAUUCGUAAUUCUUGCAUAACUAUGCAUAAAACUCGCGGAAUAAUUGCGAUUUCUGUGCCUCUGAGUUUGAAAUCAAUUUUGUUUAAAAAUAUUGUUGAAUAUAUUAAGAAAAGAAUAAUUGUAUACAUUAAAUGUCACGUUAUAAUUAUAUUCAAUAGGAUUCUAAUUGAGAAAAUGCCAGUUUUAAUCUUAAUGAAACACGAUCAAGGAUAAAUCGUUGUUUAUCGUGGAAUUAAAAAACUAGGAUUUAUUAUUUAUAUCGAGAAAAUCGUUAUAAUUAAUGUAAAAUUGUGAAGAAAACGAGUCGGGGAGAAAAAGAGGGAAAUUUAAAACGACACGACGAAAACCAUUCUACAUUCUGAAUAUUCGAUUAAUAACACUCUGAUAAAUAUUUAAUUGCAUUAAAUUACAAGUAUCCCAUUGAAUUUAUCCCUGAGUAGUAGAUGCGAAGAAAUUAUUCACUCGUAAUGUCGCAUACCCUUCGAAGGAUCUCCCCCCACCCCUCCUCCUCCCCAAAUCUAAUUUCGACUUCAAACUCGAAUCUCAUCCAACUUUUGCAAAUUGGCGAAAGUUAUAAAUCCCGUAUAAACUUUAAAAAUUAAUUUUCUCCCCUGUGAGGGGAAUUAUCGAAUUAUAUCCACAUCCGUUAAAUGAUUAACAAUAACUAAAUCAAUAGGAUGGCACAUAAGCAUUAUACCCACGUAUUCUUUAAUACGAAACACGGCCAAGUUUGCAACGACGGAUAUUGAUUUACGAGGGAACCAUAAUUCGCAGCACCACAACUACGAAAUAUCGAUCCUCGAGCUCGUGAAAGUUUGCCCGCGGUUUGCUCCACUCCCAUUUCUGGGUUAUGACACAUCGAGUACAAUUGGCUAUCGCCAGGGAUGGGUUAAUUAAUAACCCGAGUCAAAGCCAAUUAAUUUCAACGGCUCGUCUCGGCCUCUUACAAACGAAUCCCCGUCGAUCGUGGAAAACCUCGUGUGGGAAAAUUUCGUAUUCCGGCUUUUAUGCUUUCUCACCUAGCACCAGUUUGCAAUUGAAGGGAUUGUAAGAAAUUAGGCUUCGCUUAAUUAAUCUGGCUGGGUUGGUUUCAAGGAGAUCGAGAGUUUAAAUUUGUUCUCUCGAGAGUGAAAAUUGUACUCGUACCGAUUAAAAUGUUUGCAAUUUUUAUUUCAAUCUGAAUUUAGAUAGUAUUACAGAAAACUCUUCCGUUAAAAAAUGUACCAAGCAAUUUUUCAACACACCUCGAUUAUUAUAAUUCGAA